AUACAAUUAUCAAGAACCACAUGAGUGAAAGGGGGAACUUUUGUAUUACCACUGUUCUUUGAGCGAGUGAAUCGGUGUCCAACAAGUGUUUGAAUCGCAUAAGAAGAGAAUCAUAGAAUCUCAAAGAGUAUUUGUUUAUUUUGCUGAGUAAACAGUUUGCGCAUUGCUUUUGGGAACCUUGGCGUCUCCAACAAAAGUUGUAAUGAAAAUUUGCGCGUGACAUUCAUUAGGGAGGAAACACCUCGGCGUAAACAGGUCAGUGCUCGUGUUCCAGGCGAUAAUUAGUUUAAUUUGAGCAGUCAAACCCGGCUGCAGGGGUCAGAGGAUUCACCUGCGCCGGGUUGUUUGACCUGAUCACCGUGCGACCUCCAAUUUGUGGUCCUAACAUUUGUAGGCUAUACGUGUUAACAUAGAAAACAAUCUAGUUCAGAAUGUAUAGUCUGAUGGAUCAUGAGUUGAAAACUUCUGGGCAGCCACCGCCGCACCAAAACGGACAGGGCAUGUCCCCCAUGGGCAGCAUGCACGCGGGGUCAAAAAACUCUUGCCCACCUGGUGUAGACCCCAUGGAUAAGGUUAAAAGACCCAUGAACGCGUUCAUGGUGUGGUCCCGGGGCCAGCGGCGAAAGAUGGCGCAGGAAAACCCCAAAAUGCACAAUUCCGAAAUCAGCAAACGUUUGGGCGCUGAAUGGAAGUUGCUGACCGACGUGGAGAAGAGACCAUUCAUUGACGAGGCAAAGCGUCUGCGCGCUGUUCACAUGAAGGAAUAUCCCGACUACAAGUACAAGCCACGCCGCAAGACCAAGCCGAUGCUUAAAAAGGACAACCAGGUUGGCAAGUACCCACUGUCUGCCGGUAACCUACUGGCAGCAGCGGCGGUCCAGGGAUCAGGUGGCAGCCCCAGGAUGGACAACUAUGGCUGGGGACCUACGGGAGGUUAUGCGGGCAUGCAGGGGGAUGCACUUGGUUACCCUCAGCAAAUCCAUCGUUACGAAUUAUCAGCUCUUCAGUAUCCAUCCUCGAUGACGGCAGCUCAGAACUACAUGAAUGGCGUCAACUCUUACAGCUCCAUGGCCUACACCAACAGUCCCCAGCAAGUGAGCCCGGUGAUGUCCAUGGUGAAACCGGAGCCUGUGUCCCAUUCACCGACCGGGGCCCCGAAUCACCACCACCACAGAGGGCCCCUUCAGGGCGACUUGAGGGACAUGAUCAGCAUGUACAUCCCCAGCGGUGACACAAGUGACCCCAGUGUCACGCAGAGGGGCUACCCCAGUGUCCAGCAGCACUAUCUUGGGGGAACUGUACCACUCACACAUAUCUGACGCCCUCCCCACACCAUUGGAGAUGUACUGUAGUCCACAGAUGGGACUUCCAGGCUCUACUCCUGACACUCUCCCGACCACAACAAGGACCUCUGCCCCCCUGUUUUUAAUCCCCAUAGUGAACGGUAACCAGAGAUGGGCUCAAGAGCUACCUCUCCAGUGCGGUUUGUUCUGUAUGCUGCUGGCUGUAAGUGAGUGGUCGAGUCAUGUAUAGGGCUAGCUGGACGGCUGACCGACCGCCUGCCUCCAAGUCCAUUCAAAACGAUGCUGCUUGGCGAUGCUCUCUUCUUGAAGUCUUGCCAUGUAUGAAGGUCUAGUUAUAAUGUCAUGUAUUCAGUGAGUUUCUAAAUGUGUGUGACAGAGAGAGUGUGAGUGAGUGGGUGAAUGGUUGAGUGAUCUCUUCUUUUUUUAAAUGCAGAAAUGCCUUCUUAUGAGGCGUUUAUAAUAUCCUGGUGUUCUGGUAUACAUUUCCAGAAUGAGCAUAUUUUCAUUGAGCACAUUUGCAUAAUCGUGACCAGACCAAACAUGCUAUACGAUCUGCUGUAAUCACGGAGUGGUUUUAUAAUGAUUUAUUUUAACAGUGGUUUAUUUUUCAUAACAUGAAUGUUUGGGUCUGUAUAGCACUACAUAGAAAUCCCAUGGGUUUCUUUGGGCAUGAGUUGUGUUGGUGGUAGGGGGCACAUCUUGGUAAGACACUGAUCAUUCCAAAACAAAAAGUGCCGUGUGUGUGUGCGUGUGUGUGUGUGUGUGUCUGUCUGUGUGUGCGUGUGUGUGUGUUUAACUUUGUGUGUCUGUAUGUUUUAACUGCUGGUCCUGUUUGUAAACAAAGAGUGCUUAGAUUUCUGCAGAACUGCAUUCUUUUGCACAUCUUUUGUAUCAUUUGUAAAGUAUGAACUGUGAUUAUUUUUUUAUGUGCAUUUUCUUGCCCUUUAAUUUCACGCAAACAUUUUAGGUGUCAGUGAAAAGUUGACCCUCAGACUGUUUCAUUUCAGAUUGAACAACUGACUCCUUUAGUUUGUCAUUCCAUUACAGCUCAACUAAUUGUUUUAGCCCCAAUUCCUUGACCAUGCAUCUUGGUGAAUAGUGCUCAGCAUUGGCAACCAACUCCUAAUGUUCGCACAAGGGAAAAGUCACGAAAAUCAUUCGACAAACCUUUUUGUUGUGGAUUUGGAAAUAGUUUUGCAAUAGACUGUAACUCAAACAAAUGUUGUUUUUUUUCUAAUGAGCUCCUUGUUUUUUUUAGUCAUCUUUAUUCUGAAAAAGUUAAAUGUUUACAUUGACAACAUAAGUGUGCACUGUGCAACUUUUUUAUGAAAUAACUUUCCGUAUUGUAAUACUACAAUGAUCUUCCUUGUGUAAAUACGGAGACUUUUGGUCUCACAUAUUUGUACAUUUUGCAAGGCCUCUGUUGUAAUGGUACUCAAUUUUUUGUAAAGAGAUCUUUAGUCUUAAAUGAGUUGCAUCACAAAAUGUAAAUAAAAAAACAUUGAAAGAAAAAAGUUCA